GGGCUUUGCCAUUGAGUCUCCGGAGAGAACAGAUCAGGGCGUCCCGCAUGCAACAGCAGGCAAAGGCUUUGCAGCCCGAUCCUGGGAAGGUUUACUCACAAGCAGACCUUCAAUUCAGCAGGAGCUCACAGGAGCACAGCUCCUGAACCUUUCUGACAGCCCCCCCCCCUCCUCCCUACCUACCUACCUUGUCCAUUGAAUAGGAAGUGCAGCUGCAUAACAAUCCCUGGAUGAGCUCCACCACCUAUUUUUCUACAAAACGACUCCUGCUCACAAUCACACAAGUAAGGGUAUCUUUCCAGCACUGGACGUGACCCAAAAGAAGGGGAAGGAGAUGGAAGAACUGGGCCCAGAAGGACCCAAGCAAGGAAUCAAGCAGAGGUCCCCAUCUCAUCCAAGCAGGGAGUGGUGCUGAAUUCUGGGAAGAAGCUGUGCCACAGGUCAUGGAUCAGGACACUAUGACCGCUGAGGUACACAGCAAUUGCUUCCGGCAGUUCCGUUACCAUCAGGCUGAUGGGCCUCGAAUGGUUUGCAGCCGGCUCCAUGACCUUUGCAACCUCUGGCUGGAGCCGGAGAAGCACACCAAGAAGCAGAUCCUGGACCUGGUGAUCCUGGAGCAGUUCCUGACCAUCCUGCCCCAGGAAAUGCAGUGCUGGGUCAGAGGAUGUGAGCCUGAGACCAGUUCCCAGGCAGUGGCCCUGGCCGAAGGUUUCCUGCUGAGUCAGGCAGAGGAGAAGAUGCAGGCAGAACAGAUGUGGGGGCCAUCCAUGAAGACGGAAGGGACGUUCCCUGAGGCAGAAGGGGCUCCAUCCGAGGAAGAGCAGAGGGCUCUGGCCCAGGAGGGUGCCCAAGAUGCCCUCUCAUGCGUCAAUGCACAGAUGUUCUCAAGCCAUCGUCUUUGCACAGAUGUGGAAGCAGCUGCUGCAUCUCUGGUCCAGUGUCCCUUUUCCUUCGAGGAGGUGGCCGUGUAUUUCACGGAGGCCGAGUGGGCCCUGCUGGAUCAGGACCAAAGAGCUCUCUACAGGGAGGUGAUGUUGGAGAACUAUUGGAGCGUGGCCUCUCUGGCAGAAGAUGAUCAGAGGAAUGAGGAGAUCAAGGAACGGCAUCUUCUAUCGCCAGAUGAAGUCAGGAAUGAAUAUGUGAGAGGAAGCUUCAGGAACCAAGGCACACCUAAGGAGCAGAAAGGCAGCCACAUGGUUAAGAAGAGGAAUGAACCAAUUCCUUGCCGAGGGGGGGAGUUUCGUGAAGUAACUCACGUGGUGGAAGAAACAUGCAAGUGCUUGGAAUGUGGAAUGAACUUCUCAGAUAAAACCCAAUAUAAUAUCCAUCUGCAAAGGUACAGUGGAAAGCAGAGCCAUCAAUUUUUGGAGGAUAAAAAGAGCGUCCUUUGUAGAGCAGAGCUCCUUGUAGAUCAAGAGACAGAUGCAGAAGAGAAACAUAAUAGGUGCUCCAACCAUGGUGAAAGUUUCUCACAGAAAUUAGACCUUAUUGAACACCGGAAGAUUCAUUCAGGGGACAAACCAUUUUUCUGUUCAGAGACUGGAAUGGCUUUCUCUGAUGGAAAUAGGCAUGACGUGCAUUUUCCAAAACACACUAGAGUGAAGACAUAUAAAUGCUUUUAUUGUGGAAAGUGCUUUAAAUACAGAACAGAGCUUCUUAUGCACCAAAGAAUACACACAGGGGAGAAAUCUUUUCAGUGCUCUGAGUGUGGAAAGAGCUUCAGUCGGAGUAGUGAUCUUCAGCAGCAUCAAAGAUCCCACACAGAGGAGAAACGUUUUGAAUGCUCAGAAUGUGGAAAGAGAUUCACUGAGAGUGGCAGCCUUCUAAAGCAUCAAAGAAUCCACAUGGGGGAGAAACCUUUUGAGUGCUCAGAGGGUGGAAAGAGAUUCCUUCAAAAUAAUGACCUUCAACAGCAUCUAGGAACCCACACAAAGGAGAACCCUUUUGAAUGCUCAGAGUCUGGGAACAAAAACAGUCAGAGUUGCAACCUUCAAAAGCAUCUAUCAACACACACUGGAGAGAAACUAUUUGAAUGUCCAGAGUGUGGAAAGAGAUUCAAGUGGAGUAGUGAACUUCAACGGCAUCAAAAAAUACACACUGGGGAGAAACCUUUUGAGUGCUCAGAGUGUGGGAAAAGAUUCAGUCACAAUGGCAAUCUCCUUGUGCACCAAAGAACCCACACAGGGGAGAAACCUUUUGAGUGCUCAGAGUGUGGAAAAAGAUUCAGUCAGAAUGGUAGUCUUCUUGUGCACCAAAGAACCCACACAGGGGAGAAACCUUUUGAGUGCUCAGAAUGUGGUAUAAGAUUCAGGAGGAGGAACUAUCUGCAGCAGCAUCAAAGAACCCACACAGGAGAGAAACCUUUCAAGUGCUCAGAGUGUGGAAAGAGAUUCCUUCGAAAUGGUGACCUUCAAAGGCACCUAAGAACCCACAUAAAGGGGAACCCUUUUGAAUGCUCAGUGUGUGGGAAGAAACGCAAUCAGAGUUGCAACCUUCAAAUGCGUGUGUCAACACACACUGGAGAGAAACUGUUUGAAUGUGAAGAGUGUGGAAAGAGAUUCAAGUGGAGUAGCGGUCUUCAACAGCAUCAAAGAAUACACACAGGGGAGAAACCUUUUGAGUGCUUAGAGUGUGGGAAAAGAUUCAGUCAGAAUGGCAAUCUUCUAAAGCAUCAAAGAACCCACACAGUGGAGAAACCUUUUGAGUGUUCAGAGUGUGGAAAAAAAUUCAGUUACAGUGAUCAUCUUCAGCAGCAUGAAGGAACCCACAGGCAGGAGAGAUCUUUUGAAUGUUCAGAGUGUAGGAAGAGAUUCAGUAGGAGUAGCGAUCUUCAGCGGCAUCAAAGAACCCACACAGGGGAGAAGCCUUUUGAAUGCUCAGAAUGUGGAAAGACAUUCACUCAGAAUGGCAGUCUUCUAAUGCAUCAAAGAACCCACACAGGGGAGAAACCUUUUGAAUGCUCAGAAUGUGGAAAGAGAUUCACUCAGAAUGGCAGUCUUCUAAUGCAUCAAAGAACCCACACAGGGGAGAAACCUUUUGAAUGCUUGGAAUGUGGAAAGUGAUCCACUAAGACUGGCAAUUGUUAGCCAAAUUGCCCUCAAGUGAGGUAGGGGAGUUAGUUUGGUGGGCACAGAUGAUCAACUUAAGCAGGACCAAAAACCUAUGUAUACAGAAGUCAGUCUUCCCUGAACUUCCUUUUUAAUAAUGAGGAGAUAGUUGGUAAACUAAAAGUAUAUUUUAUU